AUGAAGGUGAAGGUGGUAGAAUGGCACGGAGUAGGGACAUGGCAUUGGAAGUUAGCUUCUGAAGACCAGGACAAAAGUGGAUAUGUGGACGAGUUAUGCGGCAUUUGUCGAGUGGCAUUUGAUGGAACGUGCCCAAACUGCAAAUAUCCAGGUGAUGACUGUCCUCUAGUCUUAGGAGCUGGAUGUACACAUAAUUUCCAUCUUCAUUGCAUUUUAAAGUGGUUAGAGCAGGAUACAUCUAAGGGACUUUGUCCCAUGUGUAGACAAGUCUUCACGUAUAAGGACUCCCCAGAUAUAGCCAUUCCAGAGGAUAUAUCAAAUUUGCAGACGCUUAUCGACAGCCAUAGGGUAAUGCGUUCAAGAGCGAAUAAUAGUAGUGAGCAAGAGUUUGAAACUUUUGAAGAAGAAUAG